UAACAUUUAACUAAAAGCCAUACUGGUCCACCAAAUAUAUAACGCUGUUUAAUUUCCACCUAGGCCUAGAGUGUAGUCUCCUUAAGAAAGCUACAGAAGAACAUCAAAAUUCACAAACAACACAGACAUCUCUCAUCUCUGCUAUCUCAAACUCAUUCACAUUUCACUCUUGCAGAAUGUCAGCAAUGGAGUUCAAGGGGGAGGAGAAUCAUUGGAACUUAGGAUAUGAGGAGCAGAAGAAGAUAAAGUUACCCAGAAGGCUGUCUUUUGGUAACGAUGAGCAUGAUUCUCACCUUGCUUCUGGAAGAACAUCCUGUGCAUCUGCAACGUCUUUCCCACUUUGGGCAAUGAGCCCUGGGACACCGUGGGCGAGAUCUCCCCUGCACGAAUCACCCUCCCCACCGCUUAUUUAUCAUUGCCUGGCAUCACUCCACCGCAGAGAAGGUAACAUCUUCUCCAUAGCUGUUUCACAGGAAUUAAUUUUCACAGGGUCAGAAAGCAGCAGGAUCCAUGCCUGGAAAAUACCUGAUUGCAUAGAGAUGGGGCAUAUCAAGGCUAAAGCUGGUGGAAUCCAUGCCCUCCUGGCCUACGACAAGUUUCUGUUUACAACACAUAGUGACUACAAAAUUCGGGUAUGGGAUGUGCAAGUCAAGGAAAAUUUUCAACCAAAGAAGAUAACUACAUUGCCUCGGGGGAGAUCAUUCUUCCUGUUACCUGGGAGAAAUAUCCAACAGCAUAAAGAUUACAUCUCAUGUAUAGCUUAUAACCAUUAUGAAAAGAUUCUGUACACAGGUUCAUGGGAUAAAACUGUCAAGGUCUGGAAAAUAUCCAAGAAGCACUGUGUAGACUCAUUUGUUGCUCACGAAGGCCCUGUUAAUGCAAUCGUGAUCAACCAAGAGGAUGGGUGUGUCUUCACUUGCUCUUCAGAUGGCACAACAAAGAUAUGGAGAAGGGUUUAUGGAGAAAGUUCACACAUUCUCACUAUGACACUGAAGUUUCAACCUUCCCCCAUUAAUGCCUUGGCAUUGUACCUAUCAGCUACUGAUUGUUUCCUCUACUCCGGUUCAUCAGAUGGGUUGAUAAACUUCUGGGAAAAGGAGAAAAUGUCUGGGAGGUUUAACCAUGGAGGAUUCCUACAGGGUCAUCACUUUGCAGUUCUCUGCCUUGCAUCAGUGGGAGAGUUAAUCCUUAGCGGUUCAGAGGAUGCAACUAUAAGGGUGUGGAGGAGAGAUGGUAAUUCCUUCCACUCAUGUCUUGCAGUCAUUGAUGGCCACCACGGACCAGUGAGGUGCUUAGUUGCGACCGUGGAAACACAAGAUAUCAUGACUGGUUUGUUGGUCUAUGCUGCAAGUUUGGAUCAAACUUUCAAAGUGUGGAGAGUCAAAGUGUCUCCAUCUGAGAAAGUAAACUCGGAGAGAUCAGUAGUCACUCAAAACUCAGAAAUUAAAGAGUGUGAAAUGAUGAGCCCGGUCCUUUCACCUUCUUGGGUAGAGAAGAAGGUCCAGGGCAUUCAUUUCUAGUGCUGUUACUAUGGUAGGAGGUUGUAAGGCAGUGCCAGCCAGAAAGAUUAGGUGGAAACAUUAUUUCGGAUUUUUAAGUCUCCCUGUUGUGAAAAUGCUUAAAUGCUUCCUUUAACACCAAA